GAGCGCGCGACUGUCAAAAUAUCAACAGUAGCAGCUGAAACUUCACCACUAAAGUCUGUUAAACGCAGUUACCUUUUGUAUUUUCUCCACAUUGUUUGUUCCGUAACAGGAGUUGUGUUGUAUAACGUUACAUUUGCAAUGGGCACAAAGUUGAUAUCGAGUGUUAAGGAGUUUUACAAUAUUCUUCGGUCUCUUCAAAAUGGGGAAAGCAAUGAUCCAUGUACAUAUGAGGAGGACAUCCAAAUGUUAAAGAUGUAUGGUGACAGGAUCUCUGUGCUGAAUUUGUGCUGUGGCAACCAGCCAGUCUUCAUCUGUGAAAAAGCAGUUCCAAAACUAAACGAACCUGCUGAUCAACAAAUGACUGAAACAUUAAAUGGCACUACUGAUGAUGAUGAUGCUGAUGCUGCUGCUGCUGCUGAUGAUGAUGAUGCCAACGUACUCCAGACAGAAUUGGGACCCCAGCCGCUCACAAUUAUGAAAGCAAGGCAAUUGCUUUCUUGGUACACAUUAUCUCAAAAUGCUAAUGUGUCAGCUGUGGACGAAAACCCUGCCUUACACCCUCUGUGGGUGCGAUGUGACAAGUCUGAUCCAGCUGGAACAACCUGGUUUGGAGCUGAAACAUUCUGCAUUGGCAAUAAAGUAUCUGGUGUCAAAUUAUACUCUGUUACCUGCAAAGACUCAACUGUGGACAAAAGAUCUCUCAUAACCUUGGACGAGCUUAAACAAGAGCACAAGAAAAGGCACCACCCAUCCUCGAUGGCCAUUAAAGGCAGUGCCAGGUUUACCUUGUUUGGCUCCAGUGUUGUUGAAAACACUGUCAUUGAGUCACAGAGCAGCGUGACAGUGGAUUUCAAAUGGAGCCAUGUGGAGAGUAUCCUUGAGACCCCACCUCUGUCCUCUACAGCAACACUGAAUAUCAAAGUCACCAGUGGGGACAUGAGGAGCCCAAUGUUUGAGAUGUACAGGGAGCUAGAGUUUCUUCAGACUCUUGCUGAUGGUUUGAGAACUGGUGAGACUGAAUGGAUGGAACCUUUGGAAAGCAUGUCAGCUGUACAUUUGACCAAGGCCUUCCUAGAAGAGCUUCAGAGCACUGCAAAGACACAGCCGGACCAGGCUGCAACAAAGGCUGAGACCCUAAAGCUGAAGACUGACACGGACACUCCCAUUUUCAGCUCUUUCUUGGAACGAGGCGAUUUGGAUUUUGUGGAGCAACUGUGGGUCCGGAUGAGAAAGAGCGUGACUUCAUAUCAAGACAUUGGAGACUGCCUGAAACUGGUCAUUGAUGCUCUAAGAUACGGUGACAUCAAACCCUGGAUUCACAGAGACAGCAGCAGCUCCCUCAGCAAGCUCAUCCUGCAGUCCUACCACCAACAGAUUGAUCAUGUGUCUCUCACAGGUCUCACCCCUGUCCACAUGCUGCUAGAGAUGGGUCUGGACAAGAUGAGAAAGGAUUACAUCAACUACCUUAUUGGUGAAGAAUUGACAACUCUAAACCAUUUAUGUUAUUACCUGAGCACAGAGGUUGACCUGCAGGAGCAAGUGAUCCGGCUCCGGAAACUGCACCAUCUGCUGGAAAUAAUUGUGACCUGCAGUACAUUCCUGGGUUUGCCCUACGACCGGCUCUUCCUUCUCACACAAUCGUGCUUGCAGCACUACAAAUCAUACCCAUACGACGAGGAGCAUGAAUUCAAGCUGCAAAUCAAACCCGCGCUGAUCAGCCAUUUCUACCAGAAAGAGCACCCAGUAGUGUGGGGAGUCGAGGUGUACAGUGGCCACGGUCCUCGUGAGGUCAGGACAUCCUUACAGCUCAGUGACAGACCACUGGUUGAUCAUGUCAUCUUUGAAACAGAUUAUCCAAAUGAAACAGUGAAUGGGGACGGUGAGGAUCCCGCCUUCUUCUCCACCAUGGUGUGCUGCAGUCUCGUAAACUUUGCAUGAAUUUACACAGAGCACAACUGAACAACAAAGGAGGUGUUUAUUGUCAUUUUUGAUGUUCUCAUCAACAAGCCCGAUGGCCUUAUACGGCAUCACAAAGUGAACAGGGGCCAAUAUAGGGCUUUCUGUAAUAUACUGUAUUUUUGUCAAAUGUUUUAAAUGAUCAACUUUCAGUCAGUUAGCAAUUUAUAGAGAUUUUGAAGAGGGUUUUUUUGCUGAACAUCUCCCCAUUUUAAACAAAUGAAAUCACAAAGUACAGUAGAUCACAAGGGCUGUUUGCAAUGAUAAUAUUCCACA